AUGAGUGAGCUGAAAGACUGCCCCCCUUUAAAGUACUAUGACUUCAAGCCUGUGGAACACGUCAAGGUGUGUCCUCGCUACACGGCCGUCCUGGGACGCUCAGAGGAUGAUGGGAUUGGUAUCGAGGAGCUGGACACGUUGCAGCUGGAGCUGGAGACUCUCCUGUCUUCAGCUAACCGCCGCCUCCGAGCCCUGGAGGAGCAGAGACAGAUUCUCACAGACUGGCAGGAUAAGAAAGGAGACAAGCGCUUUCUGAAGAUGGGAAAAGACCCUGACCCCACUGCGUCGUCACGCCACAAGCCUAAAAAGCAGAAAUUAGAUGGCAAAAGUAGUCACGGGCAAGGCCCAGGUCCUGGCAGACCUAAAUCCAAAAACCUGCAACCUAAAGUCCAGGAAUAUGAAUUUACAGACGAUCCACAAGACGUUCCUCGCACCCCUAAAAAUGAUGUUCCCAACAGAUUCUGGGCUUCUGUUGAGCCGUACUGCGCAGACAUCACAAAUGAAGAGAUUCGGUUGCUCGAAGAACUUCUAAAACCACCAGACGAUGAAGCAGAGUACUUUAAAAUUCCAGCAUUAGGAAAACACUACUCACAGCGAUGGGCUCAAGAGGAUCUGCUGGAAGAGCAAAGAGAAGGGGCUCGGGCUAACGAAAAGAAGAAGAGUCUUUUGGGUGGUCCUCUGUCUGAGCUUGAUGCAAAAGAUGUGGACUCGUUGCUGAAGAAGUCCGAGUCCCAACACGAGUCUCCGGAAGACGGCUGUCCGUUCGGCCCUUUAACGCAACGUCUGCUCCAGGCUCUCGUGGAGGAGAACAUAAUAUCCCCAAUGGAAGAUUCUCCUAUACCAGACAUUUCAGGGAAGGAUGCCAAUGAUGGAGCUGGGACAUCUCCACGAAGCCAAGGAAAAUCUUUUAGCGCUCCUCACACACGUUCCCUGGAGGCCCGUAUCAAAGAGGAAUUGAUUGCCCAAGGACUACUGGACUCUGAAGAGCGACCUGGCCCGGGCGGAGAAUGCGAGGACGAGGUUCUGGUGGAACUCCAAAAGAGACAGGCAGAGCUCAAAGCCCUGAUCGCUCACAACAAAACCCGCAAGCAGGAGCUGCUUAGGUUGGCAAAAGAGGAGAUGCGAAAGCAGGAGCUGAGACAGAAAGUCAGGGUGUCUGACAACGAAGUCAUGGAGGGAUUUCGGCGAAUCAUGGCAGCCAGACAGAAGAAGCGAACUCCAACCAAGAAGGAGAAAGACAUGGCAUGGAAAGCUCUGAAGGACAGGGAAAAUAUCCUUAAGUUACUGGAUGGCUAA